GAAAAAAAAUGCUUAAAAUGUACAACUCCGGCUUUCGAUAAGACAUCGAAAGAGGGAUAAAGGCAGAGAAAGAGAGAGGGAUCGGACGCAAGAUGGAAUGAUGUGACAAAACGGUCUCUUAUGGAUGUUUUAGGGUGUAUUUGAGCAGUUAUGCUGUCACGGACGCGUUUUGUUUCGAUUUGGGAUUGAUUUUUGUAAAUGGGGAUUUUGUCGCAGGCCUCGGACAUUUGAUUCAUUUACAUCAUCUGAUUCAUUUACUGACCUCAGAUCUGCUUUUAUUUGUGAUUUCGCGAGAUGAAGAGGGUAAAUAGUUUCCAGAGGUUUAUGAACACAAGGGCGGCUGCAAACUGCCGUUACCAGCCCACAUGUUACGAGCACGCUGCCAACUGCUACACCCAUGCGCUCCUGAUUGUGCCGGCAUUCGUCGGAAUGGCUUUGUUACACCGGCUGUCGGAUGACCGUUGGGAGCGGAUCACGGCCUGGGUGUACGGCAUGGGUCUGAUCGCUCUGUUCCUCGUCUCCACAGUCUUUCACAUCAUUUCCUGGAAAAAGAGCCACAUGAGGACCGUAGAGCACUGCUUCCACAUGUGUGAUAGAGUCGUCAUAUACUUCUUCAUCGCUGCCUCUUAUACACCAUGGCUCAAUCUCCGGGAGCUCGGGCCGCUUGCCGCUCACAUGCGCUGGUUUGUGUGGCUGAUGGCGGCCGCCGGGACCAUCUAUGUGUUUAACUAUCACGAAAAGUAUAAGUUAGUGGAGCUGGCGUUUUAUCUGACCAUGGGCUUCUUUCCUGCGCUGGUGGUGACAUCAAUGAGUAACACAGACGGGCUGUAUGAGCUGGCAUUCGGAGGCUUGGUCUACUGCCUAGGCGUGGUCUUCUUCAAAUCGGACGGUGUGAUACCGUUCGCUCACGCCAUCUGGCAUGUGUUCGUGGCUCUCGCUGCCGCCAUCCACUACUACGCCAUCUGGAAGUACCUGUACCGCAGUCCCUCGCUUGAGGACAUCAGGGAUGCUUGAGCUCCACAUCCUCAUCACUUCCUCUUCCUAUUUCCUCCUUGAACACCAAAACAUCACAACCGGAUGCUCCAAACACCAACGUUUACCAGUACGACCAUGCAAUGUUUACGGUUUUCUAACCAACUGGGAUCAGUGAAGUGUGUGUGUGUGUGUGUGUGUGUGUGUGUUCCUCACUGUACUAAAUGCACAUUUGCCACAGUUGCAAUGAGACGGCAAUGUUUGUGUGUUUAAUUUUCUCCCAUUUUCAUCAGUAUUAUGUAAAUAUAUUCCACUGAAAGCAGAUGAAUUGUGAUGCUUUUUGAUAUUUAAUGAUUUCUCUGUGCAUUCGGUCACACACACACACACACACACUCUCAGUAGCAGUUUCAUAUCAUCUGUAGUGAAUUCAACUUUGCUUUAUUCAUACGACUUUCUCUAUCAAAUCUGUAUUUUUACAUCUCAACUCACUAGGUUUUUACUUCAGACGUACAACUAGUUGUUUUCUACGAAGCGCUGGUGGUUUUCUACUCCUGGCGUCUCCUUCCCCGUGUUCUGCUCUUUCAGCAGGAUUUGAAAGUGUUGCACAGAGCUUUUUUUCUAUGCGGCACUUUUCUAACAGGAAGAACCACUUCUCUUUGAUACUCCAUUUAUAGGCUGACGGAUAGAAACGAUGUUGAGUGCUUCUGGGUUCACAACCAGGUUUACAAUGCUAUAGGAUGUUUUUUCUCACCACCUGAACCACCUUAAAGACAGUUUGUGAUGUUUAUCAAAUUCGGCACAAUUUCCGAUGGAUUUUUGAGUAAGAAGCGUUAACGACAUUAGAAUGACAUCCAGUGUCUGCUAUGAUGAAUGUGAAUAAAAACGGGUCAUAUUUCACCCCAAAAUCAAAAGAAAAAAAUCACAAUGAAAUUGCAAUUGCAUUGCAUUAAACUAAAGCAUUUAUUGCUUUAAAUGUGUAAAUAAUUUUUAUUUUAUUUUUUUCCCUUUUGGUUUGAAGUGAAAUAUGACUCUGAAAUGUUAUUUACGGGUUUGUGAGAUUCACUUAGAUAUUGACAGUGGGCAAACGAAACAUUUCUGAACUAAUGUUCUUUUUUCUGCCGCAAUAUCUCAUGUUAUUCCUGCUGAUAUUACAGCUCUUCGUCCCAUCAUGCACAUCACUACCUGUAUGCACCAGGAUCAUCUUCCAUCAUUCCAAGGACCUUCAUUGGUUUCUGUUGCGUUUCUGCAGGAGACGCUGUGACACUGUGAAUGCGUUCGGCUUUUAUCGCAGUUUUACGCCGCCGCUCAACUGACUUUGCAGUUCUGUUAAAGCACUGAUCUGAUUGCAUUCAGGAAUCGCUGUGAUCCGAUAUGCAGCUUCUUGCAUAUUGAAGUGUUUUCGCUCAAAGGCUGAAGCUCUUGUUUUGUAAUAUUUUCACUGUGGUCGAUAAACAUGCUUAUAUUUCUUCCCACAUCGUGUCGGGUAUCCAUAGUUACUUUUCCUUUUCAAAUCUGUGAUUACAGAAUGAAAGUUUAUGCAAGCGCUGAUAGGUAAAAGCAAAUUUUCUACACACUUUUCUUCUUCAUCCGCUUUUAGACUUUUUUGCAGGUGAGUUCUGUUAUGUGCUGGUUUUUGUAAUUCCCGUCAUGCCGAGAACGCAGCGGUUGUUUGAUAGGAUGUGUUCGGACUGCAUGAACAGAGUCGUUUCGACCAGCUCUUGUACUCUGGGACAGACUUUUGUAAAAUCUUUCUACAUCCUGUUUUGGCACAUAAUUCUGCACUGGCCUUCUCAAAUCCAACUAUGAAACCUCUUGUAACGCUUCUGAUGUUCUCAUCGCACAUCAUUCUGGUGUUUUGGUGCUGGUGUUACUAUGAAGACUACAUGUGUCCAAUACUGAACAAGUUUCUAAAGUGUUAAUAAACGAAAGCAGUAACUCUCA